AGUUGCUCCUUCGAAAGAGUAUGCCACUAGAAAAUCGCUGCCUUUCAGGUCUCACGUCGCUUCAUUACGCGUGCAUGGCUGAUAAUUGUGAGGUUACGAAACUCUUGCUUAUCUCAGGCGCCAACAUCGAGGCCCAGGCUGACUCGGAUCAACGUCGACCGAUCCACCUCGCAGCUGUUCGUGGGUCGAUGGCACUUCUUAAUCUACUAUGUGACAAAGGAGCUUCUCUGGACGCCCGCGACGCCGCGGGAGAUCGAGCGCUCUGUGUGGCAUCCCGGUACGGACAUGCAGCUGCCGUUCAGAACCUGCUCGAUCGUGGGUCCCCUGUGUGCCUGUCUUAUGGCGUCCGAUCGGAAGAGGAUUCGCCCUUGUGUCUGGCCGCCAUGGGAGGGCAUGUGCCCGUAGUCACGCUUCUUCUCCAGCGAGGGGCGUCAGCCAUCAAGCGGGACGAACGAGGGUGGCAGCCCUACCGCUAUGCCGCUUACUAUGGCCAUCCAAAUGCGCUCCGCCUGCUCAUGUCCUGUAGUCUCAUGGUUGCCAAAGACGACGCGGAUCUGGGCCUCACGGCAGAGCGAAUCGGAUUUGCGCCGUCUGCGGAUAUUUCGAUUGAAAGGAAGCGGGAAGUACAAAGGUUAUUAUAUCAGAUGCAGCACCCGUCACAACCAGGAGCCGAAGGCUCCCCGGUCUGGUCCUCUCCGCUAAAGCCCAACCAGCAGCACCCGGUACCUUCUGGAUUCAUGUCUGAUGCCGCCGUAUACCAUAUCCAGCCGUCUCCUACAGCAGAAACGAAUCCUCAGGAGCUGCCUGGAACCUUAGAACAGGGGCUCCCGGCAAGCCGGUCUCAAACGCCAGAACAUAUGCGGCGAGGAAGUAGCGUUUAUCAACGCAUAGACUCUGAAUUUCGCGACGUCCCGCAAAUUUUAGAGGCCAAUGAGCGGGCCUUUGCCCCAACCAAUGAACAGAUUGCGAUGCCUCAGGCGCGACAUUACUUUGAAGUGCCCAGAGGAAAUCCUAGUCCAAGCAACCCGUGCCUGGAAAGCGUGUUUUCGCAUGCAGGCGAGAGGGCUGGCGUCCGCACCACAGACUCUCCUGUCUCUUUGACAGAUGUGUAUGGGCUGAACCCUGCGCGCGCAUCUUGGACAGUACCUCUGAGUCAUGCAGACGGGGAGGCUCAGAACAAAGAAAGAGAAUGGGACACGGAGUCUUCUAUAUCAUCAGUAUAUACUGCACCGGAGGAAGAUGUGGCGGAGCUUGCCGCCUAGAUUCACAUCGUAUAAUCUCAUAAUGUAGCUAGAUCAUAUAUCGGAGGGAGAGGAGGGGCGGGGGGAGA